UAUGACGGCCACGCGGAGGGCGCCACGCAGCCUUCCCAGAGCCCGAGCCCGGGCCCCCUCCGCGGCGGCUUUUCCCGAUCCCGGCAGACGCAGGACUGGGUCCUGCAGAGUUUUGAGGAGCUGAGGGAGAGAGCACCCGAUCCCGCCCUGCUGCAGUUCAAGUCAACUCCAGACCUCCUUCGAGACCAGCAGGAGGCUGCCCCAGCAGGCAGCACAGACCACGUGAAGGCCACCAUCUACGGCAUCCUGAGGAAGGGAAGCUCGGAAAGUGAGGCCUCGGUGUGGAGAAAGGUUAGUUUGGUCCUGGAGCAGACGCAGCCUCUCACGAUGGUUGCUCCUGGUUCUACCAAGGCCCUAGCAGGGCAGGGCGAGCUCACCCGAAAAGUGGAGGAGCUACAGAAAAAGCUGGCUGAAGAGGUAAAGAAGCGACAGAAGCUCGAGCCCGUCCGAGGUGGGCUGGAGCGGCAGCUGGAGGAGAAGGAGGAAGAGUGCACCCGACUGCAGGAGCUGCUGGAGAGGAGGCAGGGGGAGGCCCAGCAGAGCACCAAGGCGCUGCAGAACACGAAGCUCCUUCUGGAGCAGGAGGAAAGGGUACGGCAUGGGCUGGAGACCCAGCUGACGGAACUUCAGAGCAAGCUGAAACAGGGCCCCGGCUCCGAGCCUGCCAAGGAGGUGCUCCUGAAGGACCUGUUGGAGACCCGGGAACUUCUGGAAGAGGUCUUAGACGGGAAACAGCGGGUAGAAGAGCAGCUGAGGCUUCGGGAGCGGGAGUUGACAGCCCUGAAGGGGGCCCUGAAGGAGGAGGUGGCGUCCCGUGAUCAGGAGGUGGAGCACGUCCGGCAGCAGUGCCAGCGAGACACGGAGCAGCUCCGCCAGAGCAUGCAGGACGCAAGCCAGGAUCAGGCAGCGCUGGAGGCUGAGAGGCAGAAGAUGUCUGCGCUGGUACGGGAGCUGCAGAGGGAGCUGGAGGAGACCUCAGAGGAGACAGGGCAUUGGCAGAGCAUGUUCCAGAAGAACAAGGAGGAGCUUCGAGCCGCCAAGCAGGAACUCCUGCAGCUACGGAUGGAGAAGGAAGAGAUGGAAGAGGAGCUUGGGGAGAAGAUGGAAAUCUUUCAGAGGGAUUUAGAGCAGGCGCGAGCUGGAGCUAGAGAUACUCGCCAGGUUGAAGAGCUCAAGAAGGAGCUGCGCCAGACUCAGGACGAGCUGCAGGAGCUGCAGGCCGAGCGGCAGAGCCAGGCCGUAGCCGAGCGCCACCGGGACCGCGAGCUGGAGAAGCAGCUGGCGGUCCUGAGCACACCACCGCCCGGCGUUGGUGUCGCUUCCUCCCGGCCCUUGGGCCCUCCGCCCUGGCCAAGCCCUCCCUCCCUAAAUACCACCGGGUUUUCUCUUGGGAGCUGUGUGCUUCCAGUUCGCCUUCCCAGGUCCUCCGUUGACCUUGCUUUUAUCCCCGGGGGUGUAAUCUGGUGUGAAUGUUUCAGACUUCCGCCCUGGUGUUUUUGUCUCCUCUCUCCCUCUUCUUGCACUGUGUCUCGAUCUCCUUGGGGCUUCCUCUCGAGCCUGUUUCCACUGUACAUUUUUUUCCAUAAAUACCUGCUUUUCCUCCGCCGCCUACCCACCUUCCUUGAAGGGAGCCCAAGCCGUGGCUCUUGCCAGACCAACACCACCAUCUCUCCCCGCUCCCAGGCAGAGAAACAGCGGCUCCAGGAGGCGCUGAAUGAAGCACAGGAGGAGGAGGGGAGCCUGGCAGCCACCAAACGGGCCCUGGAGGUUCGUCUCGAGGAGGCCCAGCGGGGGCUGGCGCGCCUGGGCCAGGAGCAGCAGGCCCUGAACCGGGCGCUGCAGGAGGAGGGCAAGCAGCGGGAGGCGCUGCGGCGGAGCAAGGCGGAGCUGGAGGAGCAGAAGCGCUUGCUGGACAGGACCGUGGAGCGACUGAACCAGGAGCUGGAGCAGAUUGGGGACGACUCAAAGCAAGCCCUGCAGCAGCUCCAGACCCAGCUGGAAGAUUAUAAGGAGAAGGCCCGGCGGGAGGUGGCAGAUGCUCAGCGCCAGGCUAAGGAUUGGGCCAAUGAGGCAGAGAAGACCUCAGGGGGGCUGAGCCGCCUUCAGGAUGAGACCCAGAGGCUGCGGCAGGCCUUGCAGGCCUCCCAGGCGGAGCGGGACACUGCCCGGCUGGACAAAGAGCUGCUGGCCCAGCGACUGCAGGGUCUGGAGCAGGAGGCGGAGAACAAGAAACGCUCCCAGGACGACAGGACCAGGCAGCUGAAGAGCCUGGAGGAAAAGGUGUCGAGGCUCGAAGCUGAGUUAGACGAAGAGAAGAGCACCGUGGAGCUGCUGACGGAGCGGGUGAGCCGCAGCCGGGACCAGGUGGACCAGCUGAGGGCCGAGCUCAUGCAGGAGAGAUCUGCUCGGCAGGACCUGGAGUGCGACAAAAUCUCCUUGGAGAGACAGAACAAGGACCUGAAGACCCGGCUGGCCAGCUCAGAAGGCUUCCAGAAGCCCAGUGCCAGCCUGUCUCAGCUCGAGUCCCAGAAUCAGUUGUUGCAGGAGCGCCUGCAAGCUGAAGAGAGGGAGAAGACAGUCCUGCAGUCCACCAACCGAAAACUGGAGCGCAAAGUUAAAGAACUGUCCAUCCAGAUAGAUGAUGAGCGACAGCACGUCAAUGACCAGAAAGACCAGCUGAGCCUGAGGGUGAAGGCUUUGAAGCGGCAGGUCGAUGAGGCGGAAGAGGAAAUAGAGCGUUUGGACAGCCUGCGGAAGAAGGCGCAGCGGGAGCUGGAGGAGCAGCAUGAGGUCAACGAACAGCUGCAGGCCCGGAUCCAAUCCCUGGAGAAGGACGCCUGGCGCAAAGCCUCCCGCUCGGCCGCCUCCGCCUCAGUCCUCAAGCACGAGGGGCUGAGCUCCGACGACGACGAAGAGUUUGACGGCGUCUACGACCCCUCAUCCAUCGCCUCGCUGCUCACCGAGAGCAACCUGCAGACCAGCUCCUGUUAGCUCGAGGCCCUGAACGUCCGGUAUCCCAGCCCGCCCUGCUCGCCUUGCCUGCCCUGUCCGCCUCGGGCUCCUCUUCCCGUGGCCGGUCCAGUUUCCCGGAUCUGAGACGGGCAGGGGGCUGUGUCACAUGGCGAAGGAGACGGGAGGAAGCGGAGGAGGACGUUGGACCCUCCACUGCAGGAAUGGGCGUUCUAGGCUCCCUGAGUCCUCUUCGGUGCCGACCCCUCUUCCUGCUGCCUGAGAUGGACGAGCGGAAGGAUGGUCAGCUACAGGCUGAGGGGGCUGAAAAGGGUCAGGAAGAACAGAAAUCGCCACGUGCAUACAGCUUUAUUAUUUCUUUAGCCCCUAACCUUAUGGCUCAGGGAAAUACCCGAUGCCCUUCUGCUCCUGGAUUCCUGCAACCUAUUUUUCUCCCACUCUGAAGCAGGGUGCGGAAGCA